CCAGGGCUGGGAUUUUAUGCAGAAAAAGGACAGAUUUGGAACAGUAAAUGAAGUGUCACAUUGGUGAUGGGAGCUGGCUCUUUGGACCACCUCGUUUUGAGCACUUCUUUCUCCUGGCUGACAAAGCCAGGUGGCUGUGGGAGGCAGCCCAGUGUAUUAGAGACAUGGGCAGCUGGGAUGUGUUCCAUGAUUUAUCGGUAUGGAGCACAGCACAGUCACCAAGCAAAGCUCUGUCCAGCUCUGCGCUGAGGACAGAGCACUGUGCCCGUGGCCACAGCCCAUCACCUGGGGUGCUCAGCCUGUCCCAGGCUGGGAAAACAGUUGGAAGUCUGGAUGGUGGUGCCAGGAGAGACAUGGUCUCUUUUUUUCUCUAGGUGUGGGUGCCCAGGAAUUCAGGCUGCACCAGCCCCAGGACAAGGUGUCGGUGGCAGCAGGGGAGACUCUCACCCUGAACUGCACCAUGUCUGGAACGGCUGUAGCAGGUGCUGUGGGAUGGCUGAAGGGCUGGGGCAGUGAGAACAAGACCAUCUAUGACCAGAAGGGGCCCUUACCCCGUGUGACGAGAGCAGUGGUUGAGUCCAACACAGACUUCACCAUCCACAUCAGCAACGUUCAGCCUGAGGACAUGGGCACCUACUACUGUGUGAAGUUUGUCAAGGGGGACACUGGUCAGGAUGAGGUGUUUAAGCGUGGCAGUGGCACAGAGGUGUCUGUGCAAGCCAAACCCAGUCCCCCGCUCGUGUCUGGGCCUGAGCAGAGAGUGAGCCCGGGGCAGUCGGUGUCUUUCACCUGCACAACUGGAGGGUUCUUUCCCAAAGAGAUUGUGGGCUGGGGGACUCACUGGGGUGUCCUGCUCCUGUGGGGUUGGGUCCCUGGGGCAGGGACAGGUUUCCCUGUGGGCAGCAGAGCUGGGGACAGCAAACACCAAGCUCUGCCUCUCUUCCCAGUUUCCCCCAGUGUUGAAGUGCACGCUGAGCCGAGCCCCGCUGAGCUGAACAAGACCGUGACCUUCACCUGCCUCGUGAAGGACUUUUACCCAGCACACGUAUCCGUUUCCUGGCUGGAGAAUGGGAUUGAGAUAAACACGCAGAGCGUCUCCCAGCUACGGGAACUCCGCAGUGGCUUGUUCGAGUUGAGAAGCCAGGUGGAGGUGCAAGCGACAGAGGAGAAAAACGGGUCCAUGAUCAUCUGCAGGGUGGUGCACGAUGCCCAGGCUCCUGCCAACUCCUCAGCCUCACUGUGGAUCUCCAACCCGGCCCAGGGGGAAUCGAGCAAGGAGUCCCAGAUGCUUAAGGACGAUAUGCUCAUCUACAUCGUGGUGGGUGUGGUCUGCACCGUGCUGGCCCUGCUCGUUGCUGCCAUUCUGUACCUCAUCCGGACGAAGCAGAUCAAGGGUAAAAGCUCGCCAUCUGCCAGGUUACAUGAGCCAGAGAAGAGCAGCGAGGCCACGACCCAGGAAUCUGACCCCAACAACCUGACCUAUGCGGACCUGAACUUCGACAAGGAGAGGAAGACCAUCCGCCGGAUGGUGGAGAUGAGCCAGCAGUCAGAGUACGCCUGCAUCCAGACUAACCGGGCGCCCAACGGCGACGACAACCUCACCUACGCCGACCUGGACAUGGUGCACCUCAGCAAGGCGCCCAAGCGGCCGGCCCCGCGCCCCGAGGAGGCCAGCUCUGAGUAUGCCAGCGUCCAGAUCACCAGGAAGUGAGUGAGCAGUGGCUGCUGGGACCCCCAGUCCCAAGACUGUGGGGAGCAGCUCUGC